UUCGUUUUGCAAAAUAAUGUUUAUGAAUAAUUUCUCGUAAAAAUAGACUACAAAUGCUGCCACUGUUAGUUAAAGAUAUAAAAAUACAGAGUUCGUAAUAAUGUCGAUUUACAUCGGUAACAUUCCUAUAGAACCUGUCCUAACCUUAAACACGUGCAUCAAUUUGUUUAAUAAACCGAAAGAAAUACAAAUAACUCAAGAUGAUUGUGAUAAUAACUUGUUAGUAGUCUCGGAUAGUUUUAAAAUAGAUCAAAAGCUCCGACAUGUAUUUAUGUGUAUUGCUGAAACCAAAGGAUUUGAGUUUGAUAUUGUAGAACCCACAGAAUCAGAAAAGAAUGUCGUUUAUAUCAAAGUAAUAUGGAAAUGCGAUUAUAUCAAGUGCAAUGCAAAACUUGACAGUAUUAUUAAUUAUUUUUAUAAGGAGCAGAUAUUAGCUAAUAAGGAAAAGACUCCGGCAUGGAAAGACAAGCAAUUAAAUGCUCAAGAUCCAAAUGUGAUAUACGAGUUCUUAAAAAAGUUUCACUCUGAUGAAAGCAUAUCAGAAAAUAUCAUGUUGAGUGUUCAACAUCGAUACCUGAGACCUACCCUUAGAAGAUAUCAAGGGGAUGCUGUUAGAUGGAUGAUUCAUAGAGAAUAUAACGAAGAUAACGAAGAUAUUCUAAAUCCUCUCUAUAUACAAUUGGAAUCACCUGACGGAACUUUGAUUUAUUACUCUGAAAAUUUACAAUACUUGACUUGUGUUAAGCCUGUUGUAAAAUCUUUGCCGACUGGUGGCAUUUUGGCUGAUGAAAUGGGCUUGGGCAAAUCCGUGGAAGUUUUAUCAUUAAUCUUAAUGAACCCACGAAAAGUAAUGAAUUGGUGUGAUGAUAAAGAAGACUUAUUAUUGCUAGAAGAAACUUUAAAAAAGACUGAUUUUACUUUGAGUCAAAAACAAUCUCCGUCCUAUCAUUCGCACUUUUUGUUCAGCAAGCUGAUGAGAAAAAGCAAUGGCAAAUUUUCUGGGAAAUAUACGAAUAGAAGUCUUAAAGCAUUUUAUGAGAAAUUUGAGAAGAAAUUCAAGGAUUUGGAAAAAUCAGAGAAAGGACAUUUAGGUUUAAAUUUCCAAUGUGUCUGCGGCAAAGAUCAGAUUAGUGAUAGUAUAGUGCAGUGCAUAUAUUGUGAUAAAAUGCAGCACUUUAAAUGCAUUUAUAAAGUUGACUUGAAAGUUAAACCAGAAGACAUACAUAUUUGUCCCGCAUGCUGGAAAUUCGAAACAAAGAUUGUUUCUGGUGCAACAUUGCUCGUGUCACCUUUAGCAUUGUCGACACAAUGGGAAAAUGAAAUUAGGAGACAUAUUAAGAAGAACAAGUUAAAGUACUUUGUAUAUCGGGGUAUAAAACACGGUUGGGUGUCACCAUUAACUUUGGCCAGUUACGAUAUAGUGCUAACAACUUACAACAUUCUGCAAAAUGAAUUUUAUCAUAGUUCGUGCUCGGGAGAAACUAGUUCCAGAACUGGUCGUUAUGCAAGAAGAUACGAUCGUCUGACUUCACCACUUAUGUUUCUGCAGUGGUGGAGAAUUUGCUUAGACGAGGGACAAAUGGUCGAUAGUGCUGUAAAACACAGUUCACAGAUUGCAAAAUGUUUGGCAAGUGUUAAUAGAUGGGCUGUCACUGGAACACCCAUACAGAAGACUGUCGAAGAUUUAUACGGUCUAAUACAUUUUCUCGGUUUGGAGCCCUACAGCAACCAGGACGCUUGGUCAUGGUUACUUUUUGUGCCUUACGUCUUGGGAAACUCCAAACCUUUGUUGGAUAUCCUUGGAAAAAUUAUGUGGAGAACAGAAAAAAAGGAUGUCCUGGAUCAGAUUGAUAUUCCGCCUCAAGAGAUUCAAGAAAUAUGGUUAGACUUUUCGGAAAUUGAAAGUUUUUAUUAUAAACAAGCACAUGAAGAUAAGUGUGAUAUAUUUCUUGAAAAGUUACGAAAGUAUGACCUCACAUCGACUUUGGGCUCUUUUGAUAUCAAAACUAUGAACUCGAUUCUGCAACCUUUCUUGAGUCUUCGCCAGGAUUGCACACAGCCCUUGAUUCACAAUAAUACUCAGAAUAAACAAAUUUUGACAAUGAAUGAAUUAUUGAAGCAUCUUACCGCUGCAGAAAAGUUAAAAGUCGAGGAGGCUCUCAGGCAAACUGUCAGUGACAUGAAUGGUAUUGCUGGACUUUAUUUAUUAGAGGAUGAUAUAAAAAAUGCCAAAAUUAUUUAUGAAGGCGUUUUAGCACUUGCUGAAAAGUACGAGAAAGAUUUUCAUAUUGAUUCUUUGCUGAAAAUUCAUACUUUGCACAAUUUAUACGACAUCUCAACUUCAAAUCGUGAAUGUGAAAUCUCCAAAGAAGUGCAAAUGUAUAAACAAAGAGCAAUCAAUUUAGAAAUUCGAUACUUGGGCGUGUAUUAUCAACAGGUUUUGCAAGUACAAUUAGAGCAUGAAAAAUCAAAGAAUGAAAUCGAUAAAUUGUAUGGGGAGUUUGUGAAACCGAUAAAUCAUUGGUGGCAAGCUAUUUUCAAACUUGCAACAACUUCGGGCUUCGAGAGCAGACUUAUUGACAGAGUUCAGUGCGAGUUGAACAAUACGUUUGGUCUAAAAGUUUUGCAAGACAGCCAAUGGGACAACGUACACCGCUUCAGCCACAACCUGAAAACCUGGUGCGCAGAAAUAACAGACACCUACAACGAUUGUCUGGAAUUUGUAAAGAUGGUAAAGAUAUCCGAUCUGCCAAAGACAGUCGACGAAUCCUCGACGGCUUCAUUUAUGAGCCAACCGCUCUUCAGGAGUUUAACGGAAGAGAGCUCGAGCUGUCAUCUGAGAGAGGCAGAGGAGGAAGUCAACAAGCGGAAGAGGAAGAAGCAGGCCAAGAAACUAUGCAGGCUGUGCCAGCUGAAGAAGGCGGUCGAUGCCAUGGAGAUAGUUAUGUAUUCGAUGGAAGUGAAGACGGCCAAUUGGUACAUGAAUAAAGUUAGGACCGAAGGUUCUUGGAAACCCAGAGCCGAAGAACUAGUUAUAAAAUCAUUAUUAUCGGUAGCCAGAAGUAGAACGAUUGAGGCUCAAUAUGAAUUUGCAAUACAAGACGGUGAGACGCACCAGAAAUUAAUAGAGGCUUAUAAGACUGAAUUCAAGAACUUGAGGAAAUUCUGGAUAAAAUUGACUGACUUGGUCGCUGCCGGUGAUGAACUAGAUAUAUGCAAAACUAGAAUGGAACUGAAUUUGAAAAUUGAUGGAGAGGAUGCUCCAAAACCAUCAAAAAUACCUAAAGUUUUACAAGAGCUGUCAGCAGCCAAAAAUAAUCCAUUGAGCAAUUUGAAUAUCUUUGAAUCGCAUCAGAUUCCUGUUCAAAAAUCGAGACUAGAACGUGAUCGUCAGAUGCAUCUGCAAACAGUUCAGAGAUUAUUCAAUUCUUGGAAUUACUUAAACGGUUUGAAGAAGAAUUACGAAGACAUGGAGGACAAUAAUGAAACUUGCCCUGUGUGUAUAGAGCCACUUGGAAAACAGUGGGCAGUCUUCACCUGCGGUCACAGUUUCUGUGUCUCUUGCUGUGCCAAUCUGGUUAGCCAAGCUCCCUCGUUGAAUGUGUCUUUGACAAAUACAACCCUGCAGCAGCAUCAGUCAACUAGAAGAACCAAGUGCUGCAUUUGCAGAACGGUGCAGGAGGUCUCCAUGAUAAAUUAUGUUAAGUUAAAGAACGAUGACAGUGCAAUGGAAGAGGUCAAGAUUGUUGGUAAUUUUUCUACAAAAAUUCAAGCUGUGCUCAAGUUGAUUUUGAAUCUCAAGAGGGACGAUGAAUCUGUCAAGGUAUUAAUAUUCUCGCAGUGGCCAGUAAUUUUGCAGUAUGUCGGUAAAGCUCUUGAGAAAAAUUCCAUUUUGUAUAAAGUGCGACAUAGCAAUAAUCCACAAGCCGUUGAACAAUUUAAGGAUCCAAGUGCAAACAUAACCUGCCUCCUGCUGCCUCUCAAAUUUGGUUCCAAAGGUCUGAACCUCAUCGAAGCCACCCAUGUCAUCCUGAUGGAGCCACUCAUGAACCCUGGUGAAGAGAUUCAAGCAAUAAGUCGAGUGCACAGAAUUGGCCAGACGAAAAAGACUUACGUCUACAAAUUUAUUGUCAGAGAUACCAUCGAACAGAACAUUCAUUAUGCAAUGAUGAAUAAGUGGGUGCCUCAGUCGAAGAAAGAGGAAAAUGAUGAUGUGGUAGAUAAUGAUGCUGGUGAGGCUGAUGAUGAUGAUGUUUUGCUGAAGGACCAGAAGGAUUUGACAUUGGCACAGUUGUCUGAUUUGUUCUUGAAUACUGGAAAUAAUUUGGCUGGGAAUUAUGAAACUAAUGCAGAUGCUGUUUAUGUCGCCAACUGAGACACUACUU